CGCUGUUUACGAAUAAUCAAGCAUGCUUAUUUGUACGAAAUCUUAAAUAGUUUGUUUAAAAUUGAUAAUUAGCCGUAAAUAGGGAAAUGAUAAGAUUUGGUGGGGUCGUAGAAGACGGCCAAAAUACACAACGAGCGAAAUAUAUACUUUCCACAACAGGCCAAGGCAGCAACACAAUUACAUUAUCAGGGAAUGAACUAGCGGAAUUCAUACCUAUUAAAUUUGAAGGAAAACUAGUAGCCAAACAUUCUUUGCCCGUGAAUGAACUGGGUAAGCAGUUAUUAAAAGCUGCAGGCGAGGGAAACAUAGAUAGAGUAAAACAAUUAUUAACCAAAGGAGCUCCUUUUACAGCUGAUUGGUUGGGUACCAGUCCACUUCAUUUAUCAGCUCAAAACAACCAUCUAGAAAUAACUGAAAUUUUACUUAGAGCAGGAAUAUCAAAAGAUGCAAGAACUAAAGUCGAUAGAACCCCUUUACACAUGGCAGCUUAUGAGGGCCAUGUAGAUAUUAUUGCAGCAUUAGUCACACAUGGAGCUGAUAUAAAUUGUAGAGAUUUAUUGGGUAUGACUCCUCUACAUUGGGCAGUUCAGAAUGGCCAUUAUGAAGCAGUGGCACAUCUAGUCAGUAACGGAGCUAUGGUGGAUGUAAAUAGUAAAUUUGAUAUAACACCAAUGAUAAUAGCUCACCAAAUUGGCAGAUAUGAUAUCGAGCAAUUUCUAAUCGGGGCUCUCAAUAAAUCUGCAUUGGCUUCUGAAAACUUGUUGUUACAGCUUAAUGCAAAUAAGCCGGAAGAAUAUUUUGAAGAUGAUAUGGACAUAGAAGCUUCUGAUAAUCAUGAAAUUUCAUCAGUAUACAAUGAGUACACUGUUCUUAAAGAAGAACCAGAGGAAUAUGAAGACGACAAUCAGGAUAUAGAAGUUAUUGAAUCUAGUCAAGAUGUUCCAGUGCCAGACGAGGACGAGGAAGAAGAAGAAACAGAACAAGAGAGGAUAGAAAAAGAAAAUGAACAGCUUAUUCAAAACGUUACAGUAGAUCCGAGUAUACUGAACAGCUCCCUUAAAAUACUGGAAGAACACGGCAUCACCAUGUUACAAAAUGAUGAAAAUGAUGAUGGAAACAUCCUAAAUAGUGUAAUGGAAAGCGGACAUUCGGUGGUUUUGACUGAGGUUGGGAAAGAAGUACUAAAUUCCGUGAAACAGUCGGAACUGAAGAAGCAAUCUCCCGUACUACAUCUAGAAAAGAAAAUCGUAACUGUUACCCCUGAACAAUUUUUAUCCAUGGCCAAUAAUAGUAAGAUGAGUGGUUUACAAAAUUUGAAAGUGAUACCUACUAGAGGACCGUAUAAAAGAGUAAUGAUGAAGAAGAAUAAAUUGAUACCAAUCAGUACAUCGACAAUCUCCGAAGAAAUGAUUCAGAUAUCAAACGGAAACAAAGACAUACACGUGCCAAACAGAAGCAUAGAAAAUCCGGUUAAGCAACUGGAACUAGUCUCUAGACAAUUGGCGGAAGCUAGGAAAACCAUCGAAGAAUACAAAAUCAAGUUAAGAAGAAAAGAACAAGAAGCAGAACGGUAUAAAAUGCAACUUAAAUUGUUGAUGGAUAACAGAUAAUUUCAACUGGUAUUGUUAUGUAUUAUUUUGAUAUGUUUUGUCUCCAGUGGAUUGUUGAUUCGUGAAGUCCUUUAAUAGACCGAGAAAUAGAAGGAGCUAGUGGGUUGAUAAUUUGUUAUACAAAGUUAAAUUUGAAAUAGUUGAGAAUGAGGUGAAUCAUUUGAUGUAACAUUCUCUUACUAAGGCACAUUAAAAAUUAUUAAAAAAAAUGAAAAUACAACAAAUACAUCUUGUAACGUUUUAAAAUAUAUAUAUAAAAAAAUGUAUAGUAAGAGAGCUAGACCAAAGGUUGGCGUUUGAAUAUAUAUUUAAACAAUUACUAUCUUGAUGGGAAUAAACCAC